UUUGACACGCUUCUGUAAAUGUCUUCCAAGUUGAAAUAAGUGUUUUCGUGUUUCCCAAAUCUUCCCCAAACAGGUGAUGCAACUUGUUGAAGGAGGGCCACGAACUACUUGUGCCGCUAACACCUGCGUUGCUGCCAGCACAAGGGCGACGCGGGAGGCCCGGGAAAGAGGAGGAGACGGGAGAACAGGUGCCGCUGAGUAGAAGCCUGCAGGGGGUUCACCAUGGUGCAAGAGAAGACUGAUGGGAAAGACGAAGACAUGAUGCUUCCACCAAUCCAACCAAACAGACCCGCGUUGUCAUGGGAAUCAAAGAUCGGGAAAAAGCUGAAGUUGGCUACUCCCUGCCUGGGCAACUUCAGGCCGGUGGUUGGCCAGUGUUGUGGCCUGUGUACCCCGGACAGUCUGCGAAAGACGCCUAGACCAACCUCUCCCCUUGGCUUUAAAAACCUGCUAAGCAUCAAGGAGACGCAGACCAGGUAUCGAGGCUGGCUGGUGCGGAGGGUGUGCUGCGUGCUGUUUGUGAGUGGGUGCAAGAUUUACACCAGCCCUGUUAGCAACAGACUGGACAGAGUCUGUCAGAGCAAAAGGGUGAAGGAGGCGCUCACAGCGGAGCACAAUGCGCAGGAGGGGAGAGAUGGCCAAGGGCAGCUCAGCCACCUCUCACCACUCCCCUCCAUCGUUAACACCUGCAUCUCCCCUGGCUUCUUGCGAUUCCUGAGCUGGGUGAUGUUGAAGAUGUUUUCCUCCGUGUUUGGCAGUAUCCAAGUUAACCUCGACCAUCUGCCGGCUCUGCACAGAGCCUCACAAGAGGAAUGCCCGCUGGUUUAUGUGUACGUGCGUCAGAGCGCUGCGGACUGCGCUCUCAUCCCUCUGGUGCUCUUCGGUCACAACCUGAGGGUCCCAUACACUGUUUGUCCACUCCACAUUAAAAGCUCUUUUCUAAGAUCAAUCCUGCAGAAAGUCGGAGUGGUCCUCCUGCCGCCUUCUGCACUGACUGAGCAGGAUGCUGAGAGCGACCGUCUGUACUCACUGGUCAUGACCUCUCUGGUGCGUGAGCUGCUAGAUGAGAGUCAGGCGAUAAGCGUCGGUGUGUCAGCGGAGUCUGGUCGAGGUGGCCGGUGGCUGGCUCACGUCACACAACUCAUCAAAGAGGGAUCUGUCCCCGAUGUCAGUCUGGUGGCUGUGGGCAUCUCCUACGACCGUAUCCCACAGAUCAACACACAGGUUGGCUUAGGCUCUCUGUUUCGGUGGUUGUGGUCGCUACCCUGGAGGAGACCGAAUGGAAGCGUGAGGGUCCACCUCGCUCAGCCCUUUUCUCUCAAGGAGAUGUGUGACUCAGGGAGGUGCAGAGUAGAUGAAUGGCUCCCUCUGCAGGACCUGUUGCUGCCUGUUAUCCUCAACAAUAGAGCCGCCUGUGUGUUCGGGCGGAGGCGGAUGUCGUGGCUCCUGCCACCGUCUCUUUAUGCAACUGAACGCGGAGAGCAAACUCAUCGAGAGAGAGACCUCAGCAUCGCCAUCAUCCUCCACCUCAUCUACUCUGCAACCUCCUGCACAGCUGUUAUGUCCACCAGUCUGGUGUCGAGUCUUCUGCUGUUCAGACACCAUAAGGGCGUGAGCGCCUCGGCCCUGAGUCGAGACAUGGCCUGGCUCACCAAGGAGGUGCUGUUCCGGAACAAGGACGUGGGUUUCGGGGGAAGCUUGGAGGAGGUGGUCCGCUGCUCCCUCUCUCUGCUCGCCCCUCACCUCGUCAUAGCCGCGGCGCCGUCUAGGAGCGACCCCGUUAUUGUUCCCCGUCCUACACGUGCUGCCACGCUUCACCUCAGCCUCCAUGCCCAGAUUGUCACACACACCUUCAUUUCGGAGGCUGUUGGCGCGUGUGCGGUGUCGGCCAUGCUGUGCGAGCUGGUCGACAGUGGCGUCAGCAGCAGGGUGAGGAGCGGCGGCGUGGACGGAGAGCAGGUCAACGGCGACAUGGAGUUCGAUGUGGUGCUCUGCCAGUCCGAGCUGAUGGAGCGAGCCCUGCAGCUCUGCCACCUCCUGCCUCCGGGCUUCAUGCCACCCUGUCAGUCAUCCCUUAAUUUCGCUCUGGAGGCAGUUGACAGUCUAGUACGCUUUGGCAUCCUGAUCAUGGAAGAAAUUCCCAGAGAGGCUCCCAUCUGUGAUUACUGGAAGAAGGAGGGCGCUGUGACCUGGACCACCUCUGACGACCCUUACUGCAGCGACUCUGACUGUGAGGCAGAGGAGCAGGACUCGCAUUGCUACAAGAUAAGCCAGCCGAGCCAGUUUCCGGAGUUGCUCUUCUUCCUCUGCUCGAUGCUCGCUGGUCAUCUGAGGACGCUGUGCUGGGCGACCAGCGGCCUGGACCUGAUUCACACACCUCUGCCAGAGGCAGAGAUUGUGGCUGUGAUGCACUCCCACCUGUGUGACACAGCGAGUCGGACGAAGCAGCACUACGAGAGCUGCUCGGAGGAGGCUGCACACAUAGCAGUCAGAUCACUGAUAGACCUCGGGGUCCUUUUGGAGGAGCGUCAGAGUGGGGGCGUCUCCCUGUGCGUCGCCCCUUUGUUCCAGUCGUCAGAAAACAGGCAGAAACUGCAGCGCUUCAUCUCCCAGUACCUCUUCAAUUAAUGUGUUUGAGCGAGCGGCGUAACUCUGUUGUGAGUCCCACCUCAUCCUCUGCUGGCAUCGGGGAGGCUGGUGUUCGCCCGUGAGAUGCACGCUGAGCCGUUUAGGUUUGUUGCCUUUUGAUUUUUCAGUGAUGAGACACUGAUUCGAAGUUACUUUAAUAAUAGCAUUAGCAUAAAGCCACAGGAGACGAGCGUUUUGAGGUCCCUGUAAUCAGCCGCCAGGACUCGGUGCUGCUCCCGUUUCUCGACCACGUUGAUGUUGCUGUGAAGGCCGCUCUACUUUUUGUUUGUAACGCCUCCUUUAAGCGCAGUUUUCCUUUUAUUCUCAAGUUGAUCAGUUAGUCAUGUUCACGCUGACAAUAAAGAAAUGUGCCUUCUUU